AUGUCAAGUUUUAUUUCUGCUCAUGAAUUAGUUGAAACAAAUACUGUAUUAAAUACAUCAAAUAAAUAUGAAGACAUUAAUAGAACUAAAGACAAUAUUCAGCGAUAUAUAAAGAAAUCAAAAAUUCAAAAUACUGAUGCUUUUCCAACCCAAAAAGAAUUUCAAAUUUCUGUUCAAGUUCCAAAUCAAGAAGAAACUCAAGUUCUGAUCCAAGAAGAUCCUCAAGCUCCAAUUCAAAAAAAAUUACAAAAAGCAGCAGAAAAUAAAUUUUACCUGGAAACGAAUAAUAAGAAACAUCAAUUAUUAAAUCAAAAGAAACACAGUAAAGAAAGGCGGAAGCUUAUUGGAAAAAAGGUGGUACGGUUGAAUAUAAGAAAGUGGGAAGUUGACACAUUUGGAGAUAAAGAAGACGGUGUUAGUAGUGAACUAAAGGAGGAAUCAAUAAACGAAAUAAAGAAGUUGAAAAAUUACCUAACAAACGAACAAUUAAAAGCGAGCCUCAAGCAAGUUGUAGAAAGGGCAACACAUUUAAAACAAAGAUAA